CAACCGAAGCUACGGACGCGUGCUGUUCAAUCUUCUUACGAAAAUUUUGACCGUCGGUCUAUAAAAUGCGUCCAGGCUAGCUGCAAAUGUCCAUUGCAUUUCCCCCCCUCCAUCUGCGAACAUGAAAAUCGCACCUGCCGCUGUUCUCUUGGCUUCUGCUCUCCUCGCCACUGCUCAUCCUGGUCCUCACGCGCCUAUCAAGCGCUCGGAAGCAGAGUUAGCACGUCGCGACCUUACCUCGUCCAAGUGCGCUCGCCAUGUCGGCGAAAUGCAGCAUAACCGCAUAGCAAAGCGCGCAGAGGCCUUGACCAAGCGUAGCAGCCGGUUCUCCUCGGUUACUAUCACCACCGAGUCACCUUUCUACCCUAGGAUUCAAAACGAGACAUGCGUUCUCACUCCUGAGACUACCACUGGUCCGUAUAUCUGGUCCAAGUCCCAGACUCUGCGCCAGGAUAUGACCGAGGACCAACCGGGAAUUCCGCUGAUCCUAGACAUUGGUGUCAUUGACGUCAACACCUGUGAACCUAUGCGUAAUGUGCUCGUUGACCUUUGGCACUGUAACGCAACGGGGUCGUAUUCUUCCUUCACCGGACGUGAUCCGAAUACUCCCUUUGAGCAGCUCCUCGAAGAGCUGGGUAUUGACCUCAGCGCCGGUGGGACCCUCGAUCUUCAUACGGAUGACACGACAUUCCUCCGUGGCAUGUGGCCCACCGACGCCAAUGGGAUGAUGCAAAUGAAGACCAUUGUGCCGGGAUACUACGUAGAGCGCGCAAUACACAUUCACGUCCAGGUCCACCAGAAUUGGGUACUGCAAUCGAAUGGAACAGUCAAGACCGGCAGCACCGCAGAAACGGGCCAAAUCUUCCUCGCUGAAGAUCUCUCCAAGUAUCUGAUGUCGUAUCAGCCGUACUUUGGACAUACAGAGAUCGAGAGGACCACCAAUGGUGUGGAUUCUAUUUAUUUGGAAGCGUCAACCAACGGAUGGUACCCCGAGUUGGCAGUAAUUCCCAUUGACGGGGAGGAAUACUCGAAUGGUAUCAUCGGGUACAUUACCAUUGGAGUUGACUCGAGCCGUACCACUGCUUCUUCGUUCAAUUAGUUCAUCCGUGUUACAAUAUUUCGCGCUAUAAAAUCUGUCCAGCAUAAGUCAAGCAGAUGAAUAAAUUACUUUGUUCUACUUACUGAGC